AUGUUGGUCUCGUUCUCUUCCUACUCGUCUCUCUCUCUCUCUCUCUCUCCUCCCAAGUCUCCCCUUCCCUUCCUCGCCUGCUUUAAAACCCCUUUCAUAUUUAACAUUUCAUCACACCACACUGUUCAGUCACUCCACAAAUCCCCUCCCUCUACCCGCCUGUGGAAAAAAAUGGCGUCAAGGGUUUCACUUCUCUUCUUCGCCUGCGCUCUCGUCCUGAUCGCCGCUGUUUCGUCGGCUGAAGAGGCCCUGUCCAAGGAGUUCGUCCUCACACUUGACCACACCAAUUUCACUGACGCAGUCACCAAGCACGAUUUCAUCGUCGUCGAGUUCUACGCUCCAUGGUGUGGGCACUGUAAGAAUCUAGCUCCGGAGUAUGAGAAGGCCGCGGCGGCAUUGAGCAGUCAUGAUCCCCCGAUCGCGCUGGCGAAGGUAGAUGCCAACGAGGAGGCUAACAAGGAGCUUGCCACACAGUAUGAGAUUCAGGGUUUUCCAACUCUGAAAAUUUUGAGAAAUGGAGGGAAGUCAAUUCAGGAAUAUAAGGGUCCUCGUGAAGCUGAUGGUAUUAUUGAGUAUUUGAAGAAACAGAGUGGUCCUGCUUCAGCUGAGAUUAAAUCAGCAGAGGAUGCCAGUACUCUUAUUGAUGAAACGAAGAUAUUUAUCGUCGGGGUGUUCCCGAAGUUUUCUGGUCAGGAGUUUGAAAACUACAUGGCUUUGGCAGAGAAGUUGCGGUCAGACUAUGAAUUUGGUCACACCACAAGUGUCAAAUUCCUUCCUCGCGGUGAAUCGUCAGUGACUGGACCGUUGGUUAGGUUGUUCAAGCCAUUUGAUGAACUCUUUGUUGAUUCUAAGGAUUUUGAUUUGGAAGUUCUGGAGAAGUUUGUUGAGGAGUCUAGCAUACCCACAGUGACUGUUUUCAAUAACGACCCAACCUAUCACCCAUAUGUUAUCAAGUACUUUAACAGUCCCGAAACCAAGGCUAUGUUGUUUGUGAACUUCACAAAUGAGGUUGCUGAAUCUUUCAAGUCCACGUACAGAGAAGUUGCUGAGCAAUACAAGGGACAAGGUCUUAUCUUUUUGAUUGGAGAUGUCGAUUCCAGCCAAGGUGCCUUCCAGAACUACUGUGAUACUGUUUCUGAACAGUUCUUUGGACUUAAAGAAGAACAAGCGCCCCUUCUUCUUGUACAAACGAACGACGGACAGAAGUACCUGAAGCCGACUUUGGGUGCUGAUGAUAUUGCUCCUUGGCUCAAGGAGUACAAGGAAGGCAAAGUCUCACCAUAUAGGAAAUCCGAGCCGAUUCCAGAAACUAACAACGAGCCUGUGAAAGUAGUAGUUGCUGAUACUCUACAGGAGCUUGUUUUCAACUCUGGGAAAAAUGUUCUGCUGGAGUUCUACGCACCAUGGUGCGGACACUGCAAGAAGCUGGCUCCAAUUCUGGAUGAAGUUGCUCUUUCCUUUGAGAAGGAUCCUAGUGUGCUCAUUGCAAAACUUGAUGCAACUGCAAACGACCUCCCAAGUGAUACAUUUGAUGUGCAAGGAUACCCUACUGUGUUCUUCCGAUCAGCAAGCGGGAACUUGGUCCAGUACGAAGGAGAUAGAACUAAGGAAGACAUCAUCGAGUUCAUCGAAAAGAACAAGGAUAAGCCAGCAGUUGCCCAACAACAACAGCAGGAAGAAUUAUCUAAGGAGGAACCAGCAAAAGAUGAGCUCUAAACUAGCUUUUCUCUUGGGGGUUCUUUGUUCAUUUCUUCUCUGUAUCAGUUUUGGGCAAGCAAAAAACAUAUCAUAGUCGGUAGUUUACCCUUCUUACUUUGCUGUCUUAAUAAUAAAAAAAAUGUUAGCUAGCCUAGCCUCAAUAGGUUUGUAGAAACAGAAAAUGUGGCCUAACGUGAGUUCUCUGCUCUUUUCCUCACUUCCUGAUCAGUUUUGUUUCCCGUGUGGCCAUUUCCUUUGCCUAAUAGUAAUUGGUGAUAAAUCUGCCCGCUUACACUACACAUAGGUCCAAGCAUUGGAACUUUUUCUCGGAAUAUUAGUCACCGCUAGC